UCAUCUAUUGGGCUUUCUAUGAUGAAAAAGAUGGGUUUUCAAGAGGGACAGUCACUUGGGAAUAAAUCUUCAGAAGCCAUACGAGAACCUAUUAAAGUUGAAAAUAAAAUCGAUCGACUUGGUAUUGGAGGAAAAGUGAAACAUCCAAAAAAUUUUGUUCCUGUCCAGGCUAAUUCAGAGCAGUAUAGAGAUCGAAUAAAAAGUAGGCUUUCCGAAUCUAAAGUAUCUUAUCUUAUCAAAAAAUUGCAAAAAGUUUGCUUUCAAUAUAGCGGCGACGAUGAGAAAUACCUAGAUAAUAACGAAAACUUUGAUCCGGGAGAUGUUAACAUUCUUUGGAGAGAAUUUGCCAUUGAAAUACUAGAAGCCGAUUUGAAAAGACGAAAUAACAAACGUACCCUAGUAUUUGACACAGAGAAUAAUGAGAAUCCUCAACAGAUUAAAGAGCAAAGGCGAUUGGAAAAUGCAAAUAAUGAAGAAUUGAAAGAUUGGAAAAGUCUUGAUAAUUCAGAGAAAUUGGAAAAACUCCUUAUAUACUGUAGAGGAUUCAACUACUGCGUUUUUUGUGGAUGUUUUUACAACGAUGAAGACGAUCUACAGAGUAAUUGUCCUGGUGUACUCGAAGAAGAGCAC